AUGUUCCACGACGACUUCGGAUCAGCUUCAGAUUUUCAGUUCUUCAAUCGCCCACUCUCCGGCCUGGACGACGAUGACCGCUUCAGCACGCCGUCGACCGCUCACAAUGAUGCUACUAUGGUGAUGGCCAUCGAGGCCCAAAUGAUGAUGCUUCGCAAUCAACUCGCUUAUUUCACUCAACAGGGCAUGCGAAUGCCGCCCCCGAUGAUCCCGACCAAGUACGACCUGUCUCCAUCCACCGAGAGCAACCACUCGAUCGAUGAGGGCAUCUGCACGCAGUCGAUGAAGUCGUACAACUCUCGUCUGGAGCACUAUUCAAAGGAGCGGGGCUCAUCCAGGAAUUCUCAUCGCCACGAGACUGCAUCUGGGAGUAAAACGCCCAUGCGCAAGGCUCAGGAGGCGGCCAGCCUCGAGUCGAUGCCCUCCCCAGUCAGCCGCCCGUCGGCCAUGGACCUGCAGGCGGUGAAGCUGCGCAAGACCGAGGUGGCCAAGUCUCCCGGCGGCACCCCGUUGAACAAGGCGCCGUUGCGGGGCGGGGCCAGCGAGCUGUUGGUGACUGCUUUGAGAUCCCGGUGCAACGUGAUGAUGAGUGAUAUCGAGGACGAGGACACGGACGGACUGAACGAAUCGACGCAGGACGAGUGGGAGGACAAAAUUACCUCCAUCGCCGCCGGCUGCCCCUCCUCGUCCGAA